CAUUACCAUUGUAAGAAGUUAUACUCACAAACCGAAGGAGAGAAUGAAGAGCUUCUGUUUUCUUUUGGUAUUGGUUCUCCUAGCAGCAACUUCAUUAGAGAUAUUGAAUGCGGAGACUUGCAAACCAAGCGGUGGUAUCAGGGGAAAAAAACCACCUCAUGGAAAAUGCAACCGUGAGAAUGACUCGGAUUGUUGUGUUCAAGGUAAGUUUUACACCACAUACACAUGCUCGGCUCCGGUGACAAGUGAGACAAAAGCAACACUUACAUUAAACAGUUUCCAAAAAGGAGGUGAUGGUGGUGGUCCAUCAGAGUGUGACAAAAAGUAUCACUCUGAUGACACACCCGUUGUGGCAUUGUCAACCGGAUGGUAUAAAGGAGGGGACAGGUGCCACAAGUAUAUUACCAUUAAUGGAAACGGGAGGAGUGUGAAGGCGAUGGUUGUGGAUGAGUGUGAUUCUACUAUGGGGUGUGAUGCCAUACAUGACUAUCAACCACCUUGCCCUAAUAAUAUUGUUGAUGCUUCUAAAGCAGUGUGGAAAGCCUUAGGGGUAUCCGAAAGUAACUGGGGAGAUUUGGAUAUUACUUGGACAGAGUGAUGUGAAUCUCUUUUAUUGUAAAAUGUCAAAAACCAAUAUUUGUGCUUUUCAUUCGUGUAAAUAUUGUAAUAUGUAAUGAUGUUUAUGUAACUAAAUUGUGUAUAUUGUAUACAAAAUGUGGGGUUUAACACAAUUUUCAAGGUUGUAUGCAUUAAACUUUGAUUUUAGA